AUGCCAACAAAGUUCAACUCGGAAACACCUAUUAGGGUGUCUGAAGUUCAAAGGGUACGAGAAGUUUACAAAUAUCUUCCCCCCUUCGCAGCGCCCCUCAUCCCGCCGCCCAAACAAAAUGACAAAAAUGCAAAAGGUUCAACGAUCUCUCCCAAGGCGUUCUCCUCAUCGGACAGGGCACUCAAUGCCUUCGCGCAACUCGGUGCUCUACGAUUGAAGGCAAGGCGAGCUAUGAUUUCCUUGGUGGAUCGUACACAUGAAUAUAUUCUGGCUGAGUCAACAAGGACAUUGUCAUCACAAAAUGAUGAUGUACACGAUGAUGGCGAUUCCUUGUGGCUGGGCGUACGAACUAUACCUCGCGAAGAUUCAUUAUGCGCUGCUGUUAUAAAUACACCGCGAUCAGAGAGCAAGCGUAGUGAUACUGAGUUUCGACCCAAAGCCAUUCCGAAAAUCAUAAACGACUUGGCUGACGACGAGACCUUGAAAUACGAUCAUAAUAUUAUUGGAGGUCCAAAGAUUCGGUUUGUGGCUACCGUGCCAAUACGAUCUCGGCGAGGAUUCGAUAUUGGGGCAUACAGUGUGUUUGAUGGCACUCCACGGAAUGGAUUAUUGCCGGAAGAAUUGGAAUUCUUAACGGACAUAGCAGAUACCGUAAUGGAGCACCUGGAAAACAUUGUUGUGAAAAGAGACCACCAGAGAGGAGAGAAGAUGGUGAAAGGGUUGGGAUUGUUUGUAGAAGGCCAUUCUAGCAUUAAGUCUUGGUGGCUGCGCACUCGAAAUGAACGCCAAACGUCUGUCCGAGGCAGAGGUCCGUAUACUGCAAGGAGCGCGGGAGAUAUUACGUAUCCUACUGAAGCUACCAAUGGGAAUUCAGGGACCGCCAGUCCCGAAGCUAAUCUUUCAUAUACUGAACAAUUGCAAGAGAUGGACGGGAGGACAUCUCCGCUUCCGACGUCAUCCUCGCCGUCAAGUAAUCUGCGCAAUGAUAUGCCACUCAGACCGAGAGGUGAAAAUGACGAAUCGCAUAAUGAUCUUUCUGUUCGAGUUAGGGAUUUCACAUCUUCCUUUCAGGAGAAACUCGAUCAACCAUCUGCCCCGGAUUCACCAAAUGUACCUUCACAAGUCCCUGUCUCGUUAUCAAACCAGACGUCCAAAACUCGGUCAUCCACGUCCCCUGACCUGGCGCACUUCUCAACGACGACCAAAGAAACUCCAACGAAUGACUCUGAAACUCGAACAGUCUCUAACGAUGGUGAAAUAUUAAGAAGAAUGCUUUCCCGUGCUAGUAAUCUCAUACGCGAGUCGACAGAUGUGGAUGGCGUAAUAUUUUUCAAUGCUAAAGAAAGUGCUUUCGGGCCUCGAGGACACCAAUCUUCCUUGAUCGGCCCAGAGAAGAGCGCCGGUCUACAUAACGCUGCAAGGGUAUCUAGCAGCGAGGAUAAUUCAAUCACUUCUUCGCGAAACAAUAACUCGGAUAGUAGCAAAGGAAAAGAUUCUGAUAGAGGGUCAAACAAGGCGCCGAGUCCACGAACAUGUUUGUGUGAAGUACUGGCAUAUUCUACCGCCUCGCUUUCUACAUUGCAUGGAGAUUCAAAUAUGCCGGAACAUCUCAGCGUCCAAGAAAGCUUUGUUCGCCGCCUAUUAAAGCGUUAUCCCCAUGGCAAAAUCUUCGCUUUUGACGAAGAGGGUCAUAUGUCAUCUAGUGAAGAUGAGAUGCACGAUGCUGUAUCAUCUGGAAAAAUAUCAGUCGUUGCUGAAACUAGCCAAACCCCGCUGCUUAAGAGGGCAUCGUCCAGGGCUUUGGAAGGCCAAACUAUGCUCCAAGUAUUCCCCGGCGCCAGACACAUAAUGGUUUUACCAUUAUGGGAUUCACAUCGUGAGCGCUGGUUUGCUAGCGCUAUGCUUUGGACUUCAGACCCAACUCGAGUACUUAGUCUGGACGAUGAUCUUAAUUACGUGGCUGCUUUUGGGAACAGUAUCAUGGCUGAAGUUUCUCGUCUCGAUAUUGUCGCAUCUGACCAGACCAAGACUGCUUUGAUAUCAUCAAUAAGUCAUGAAUUGAGGAGUCCGCUACAAGGAAUCCAAGGUUCAAUUGAGCUUCUGCAAGAUACACACAUCAGCAAAUUUCAAAAGAAUGCGUUGGAAACUAUUGGACAUUGUUCUAAUACUUUACUUGAUACAUUGACUAAUGUACUUGACUAUGCGAAAAUCAAUAAUUUUACUACAGCGCAAAAAGUGGAAAAUAGAGUGAUACGCAAUUCUUCCAAGAUCAGGAAAGCUGUUCCGGCAGAAAAGUUUCAGGUCUAUGGAACAAUCAGCUUGACCUCGGAUCUCGACAUUGCCUCCAUCACGGAGGAUGUCAUCAAUGGUAUAUAUGCUGGCCAUGUUCACGUUCUUCAUGUGACUUCAUUUGAUGGUUCCACUGAUAUUGACCAACCAAUUUCUCCUACUAAAUCUGACAUGAAAGGAAUGGAAGAACCGCAGUCGCUGUCUGUCAUUUUGGAUGUUGACCACAAAUCGAACUGGACUUUUCUGACUCAGCCUGGAGCAUGGAAGCGCAUUUUGAUGAAUAUAUUUGGCAACGCGUUAAAAUACACUACCUCAGGAGUGAUACAGGUUAGUCUUGGUUAUAAGAGCACCACAACGAGAAAAUCAAGAAUGAACCAAGAAUUUAUUACUUUGAUAAUUAGUGAUACAGGAAGAGGCAUCGGGGAAGAUUUCUUAAAACGUCAAAUAUACACUCCAUUUGCCCAGGAAGAUAGCUUGACACCAGGUGCUGGUUUAGGCCUUAGUAUUGUUCGUCAAAUUGUGGGAGCACUCGAUGGGAAAAUUGAAGUCUUUAGUAUUCAAGGCACCGGCACAGUUGUCAAGGUUGUUCUCAAACUUGAGAAAUCCCAAUCACAAGCCGGCGAAAUACCUCACAUGCCAAACAAUGUCCAACAAGCUAAAACUUACACUCAUGGUCUACAGUUAGUAUUGAUAGGAAUGGAAAUUUCAACGUCUGAACCCGAUCAAAAGACGAAUGGGGAACCGAAUUACGGUAGAUCUGUGGGUCCCGCGAUCUCUAGGAUGUCUAGGAACUGGUUUGGGAUGAAAACCAGUGAAGCCUCUGGAUUUGAUGCAGCAAUAGGAGAUAUCUUCAUGAUAACCUCUGAGAAAUUCGACGUGCUGGAGAGUAGCUGGAAAAAUCUCCAUUCAGAAACUACUGGCGAUACACGGAAGAGGCAUGUGAUUGUAUUAACAGGAUCUGCACAAUCCGAAAGAAGAACUCUACAUGAAAGCCAUCAGAAUAUACAUUUCCUUAGUAAUCCGAUCGGUCCUAAGAAACUAGCGGAUUGUUUCCUUUCUAUAUUCGACAGGUCUAGUAGCCAGGAUAGCAAUCACUUUCUCGCAAUGCCUCCAAAUCCACGGAGAAGAACCUCCCCUUUCUUUAGGAAAGACAGUCCCGAACCCAAUCACAAUCAAUCAAUAGUCGAAACCACUAAACCCACUGCCCUCCUCGUCGAAGACAACGCCAUCAAUAUGAAAAUCCUCAUCGCAUGCAUGAAAAAACUAAACGUACAAUACUCAUGUGCGAUAAAUGGAAAAGACGCAGUAACCCAAUACACCAAUGCGAAGAGGAAACCGGAUAUUGUUUUUAUGGAUAUUAGUAUGCCGGUCAUGAAUGGGUUUGAGGCAUCUCAACUAAUUAGAGGAAUGGAAAGAAAGGAGGGUUGGAAAGCAACUGUUAUCGUGGCGGUCACCGGGUUGGCCAGUGAUGAAAGUCAGAGGGAGGCGUAUAGUUGUGGGAUUAAUCUUUUUAUGAGUAAACCUGUGCCGCUAAAAGAGUUGGGAAAGAUUGUGGGGGGGUUGGAGAGGGGGAGGAGAGUUAGUGCGGGGUAA